AUGCUGAACAACAUCACUGACUGUGAGGAGGGGGAUGGGGGCACCAACAGCCAGGGGGAUGGGAACCCCAAGGAGAGCAGCCCAUUCAUUAACAGCAGUAGCAGCAUUGAUGUUGAGAAGAGCCAGCAGUAUGAUGGGAAGCACAUGGCCCUGUUUGAGGAGGAAAUGGACACAAGUCCCAUGGUGUCAUCUCUACUCAGCAGCCUUGCCAACUAUUCCAACCUACCACAGGGCAGCAAAGAGCACGAAGAGGCGGAGAACAAUGAAGGCGCCCGCAAGAAAGCAGUUCAGGCUCCCCGGAUGGGCACUGUGAUGGGGGUGUAUCUGCCCUGUAUGCAGAAUAUCCUGGGUGUAAUUCUGUUUCUCAGGAUGACGUGGCUGGUGGGUGUCGGAGGCGUCCUCGGCACCUUUCUGAUCGUCUUCAUGUGCUGCUCCACGACUAUGCUGACAGCCAUUUCCAUGAGUGCCAUAGCUACAAAUGGAGUAGUGCCAGCUGGUGGUUCGUACUACAUGAUCUCCCGUUCGCUGGGGCCAGAGUUUGGUGGAGCAGUGGGCAUCUGUUUCUACCUGGGUACCACCUUUGCCGGGGCCAUGUAUAUACUAGGCUGCAUUGAGAUUCUGCUGAUCUACUUAGCUCCGCAGGCUGCUAUAUUUCAGAUCGAGGGUCUGGAGGGAGCAGAAGCUGAAGCGGGCAUGCUCAACAACAUGCGUGCAUAUGGCUCCAUUGUACUUUUCUUGAUGUCGCUGGUGGUCUUUGUUGGAGUGAAGUAUGUCAACAAGCUGGCCCUGGUGUUCCUCGCGUGCGUCAUUCUCUCCAUCCUGGCUGUUUACGCAGGAGUGAUCAAAACCGCCUUCGACCCACCAGACUUCCCGGUAUGUGUCCUGGGAAAUCGAACCCUGAUCUCCAAAGGCCUAGACAUCUGCGCUAAAACUAUUGAGCAGGGCAAUGGAACACUCACAACCAAGCUCUGGAGACUCUUUUGUGACUCUGAGUUCCUGAAUGCCACUUGUGAUGAGUACUUUACCAACAACAAUGUUUCUCAGGUGCAGGGCAUUCCUGGCAUCACCAGUGGCAUCCUGGCAGAGAACCUCUUUAGCUCCUUCCUUAUAAAGAACAAUAUCCUGGAGAAGCGAGGUCUGUCAUCUGUGGUCAACCAUGACGCUCCAAUAACCAACUCUAACCGUUAUGUGCUGGCCGACAUCACCAGCUUCUUCACCCUACUGGUGGGCAUCUACUUCCCCUCCGUUACAGGUAUCAUGGCUGGCUCUAACCGCUCCGGUGACCUGCAGGACGCUCAGAAAUCCAUCCCUAUUGGCACCAUCCUGGCCAUCUUGACCACCUCUUUCAUAUACAUGUCCUCUGUAGUUCUGUUCGGAUCAUGUGUGGACGGAGUGGUGCUGAGAGACAAGUUUGGAGAAGGUGUCAAUGGUAACCUGGUGAUUGGUACGUUAGCAUGGCCCUCUCCAUGGGUCAUCGUGUUCGGUUCGUUCUUCUCCACCUGUGGGGCAGGGCUUCAGAGUUUGACGGGAGCGCCCCGCCUCUUACAGGCCAUUUCUCGGGAUGGGAUUAUCCCCUUUCUUAGGGUGUUUGGUCAUGGAAAGGCUAACGGUGAGCCCACGUGGGCUCUACUCCUGACAGUGUGUAUAUGUGAGAUUGGUAUUCUUAUUGCCUCUCUGGAUGCUGUAGCACCUAUUCUUUCCAUGUUUUUCUUAAUGUGCUACAUGUUCGUGAACCUGGCCUGUGCUCUGCAGACCCUCCUCAGAACACCAAACUGGAGACCUCGCUUUAAAUACUACCACUGGGCUCUGUCUUUCCUGGGUAUGAGCUUAUGCCUGUCCCUGAUGUUCAUCUGCUCCUGGUACUAUGCCAUCGUGGCCAUGGGCAUCGCUGGCUGCAUCUACAAAUAUAUCGAGUUUUGUGGGGCGGAGAAAGAAUGGGGUGAUGGGAUCCGUGGCAUCUCUCUGAGCGCUGCCCGUUAUGCUCUGAUGAGGCUGGAGGAAGGACCGCCACACACCAAGAACUGGAGGCCCCAGAUCUUGGUUCUUGUAGGGUUGGAUAGCGAGCAGAAUGUGGAGCAGCCUCGUCUACUCUCGCUGACCAAUCAGCUAAAAGCGGGUAAAGGCUUGACCCUGGUUGGUGCCUGUAUUGAGGGCACAUACUUAAACAACAACCCAGAGGCACAGAAAGCAGAACAGUCGCUAAGAAAGCUAAUGGAGACGGAACGGGUCAAGGGUUUCUGUCAGGUGGUGAUUUCCUCUAACCUGCGCAAUGCCACCUCCCACCUGAUCCAGACUGGUGGACUUGGAGGGUUACGCCACAACGCUGUGCUCAUCAGCUUCCCCAAGAACUGGAAACAACCCGAGGACAGCCAUCACCUGAGGAACUUUGUUGAGGUCGUUCGGGAGACGACAGCUGCUCAGUUGGCUUUGCUGGUACCAAAGAACGUCUCUGCAUAUCCAUCAAACGGCGAGCGAUUUACAGAGGGUCACAUUGACGUCUGGUGGAUCGUCCAUGAUGGAGGGAUGCUCAUGCUUCUGCCCUUCCUGCUGCGCCAGCACAAGGUGUGGAAGAAGUGCAAGAUGCGCAUCUUUACCGUGGCUCAGAUAGACGACAACAGCAUUCAGAUGAAGAAAGACCUGAUGACCUUCCUCUAUCACCUGCGACUCGAUGCUGAGGUGGAGGUGGUGGAGAUGCAUGACAGUGAUAUUUCAGCCUACACUUAUGAGAAGACUCUGGUGAUGGAACAGCGUUCACAGAUCCUAAAAGAAAUGCACCUCACCAAGAAUGAGUGGGAGAGAGAGAUUCAAAGUAUUACAGACGUGUCCCGCGGAUCCAUCCGUCGGAAGAACCCAUCUAACCUGCAUACUCCCAAAAAAAUCGCUGAAGAGUCUGCAGCUGAGAGUGUUGAGGAAAAAUCAGAGGAAGAGAUCCAGCUAAUCAAGGGUAAGAAUACCACACCCACCCCGACAAGCCCUGUCUCCCCGACUCCGACUGACCCAGGGGUCAUGACUCCUGGGGAAGAGGUCCAGAUGACUUGGAGCGAUGACCUUGAAUCCAAGAAUCCGUCUGUGGCUAAUCCACAAACUGCCAAGGACAUGUUCAACAUAAAACCAGAAUGGGAAAACCUGAAUCAGUCGAACGUGAGGCGUAUGCACCAUGCACAGAAGCUUAAUGGAGUGAUCAUGAAGAAGUCACAAGACGCAAAACUGGUCCUGCUGAAUUUGCCCGGCCCUCCUAAAAACCGAACCGGAGAAGAGAACUAUAUGGAAUUCCUGGAGGUCCUGACCGAAGGUCUCAAUCGGGUCCUCCUUGUGCGUGGUGGUGGACGUGAGGUCAUCACCAUCUACUCUUGAGGGGGCAAACCUGCCCCCCUUUCCCCCAUGCACUUUGUCAUACCAUGUUUCUCAUGCCUAGACUGAACAUCCCAGCAUUCUCAGACUCUCCCAUGAGCAAAAGAGUCCCAGCACAUAUCAGACAACGUUGCACUACAUGAUCCGAGACCUCUGUAAUUACACCAGCUUUACACUCACUCUACCUGAUCUCAUCUAAGUGUGUGAAGCCCCAGCUUUUAGCUGGUUUUAGUCUUGU